GGGGUAUGUACGUACUACACACGAGUACCUAGAUAACGCGACAUAGGUAGGUAGGUACCUACCUUGGUACUCUAGUAGAGUGGUAAAACUGGGGUUCGCCAACGCCUUGUCUGGAGUAUAAAGUGCGACGAAGACCCCCCUUACAAUGGGAUCUCCUCCUUUCUCCGAAACUUCGUUACGCCAUCUCGGGUUCCAAGAGGUGCAUACUACCAAUACUCGCUCGACCGAUAAGUCCGGAUUCUGACUGCAUCCGACGCAUCUGCGUAUAUCAGCCAUCAUGUACACCAUCUACAAUAUAUACGUCUUGGCCGCCUUCGGUACCAUCGGAGGUGGCCUCUUCGGUUUCGAUAUCAGUUCCAUGAGCGCAUGGAUUGGUACGGAGACCUACAUGGACUACUUCAACCAUCCCAAUGAGAACCUGCAGGGAGGAAUCACUGCCUCCAUGUCUGCCGGUUCCUGGAUUGGUGCAUUGGCUGCUGGUUUCCUCUCCGAUCACUUUGGGCGUAAAAAGACAUUGAUGCUCGCCUCCUUGAUCUGGAUCAUUGGUAGUGUGAUAUCCUGCAGUGCACAGAACGUUGGACAUCUUAUCGCCGGUCGUGUCGUCAACGGUUUCUGUGUCGGUAUAACCUCCUCGCAAACACCCGUCUACCUCGCCGAAUUGGCACCAAAGAACAUCCGUGGUCGUGUUGUCGGGAUCCAGCAAUGGGCCAUCGAGUGGGGUAUCCUGAUCAUGUACUUCAUCUCCUACGGCUGUUCGUUCAUCAAGGGUCCUUCCGGCUUCCGUCUUUCUUGGGGUCUGCAAGCUGUCCCGGGCCUUAUCCUCUUUGUUUCCCUGUUCUUCUUCCCCGAAUCUCCCCGAUGGCUGGCAUCCAAGGACCGCUGGGAGGAGACUCUGGACGUAUUGGCGCACCUUCACGCCGGGGGAAACCACAACGAUCCUGCCGUGGUCGCUGAGUACGAGGAAGUCCGGGAAGCGCAAGCGAUCGCCGCCCAAGCCGCCAACGCGACGUGGAUGGGCCUCUUCGGCAAGACGAUGUGGAAGCGCACGACGGUCGGCGUGUUCGCGCAGGUGUGGCAGCAGAUGCUCGGAGGAAACGUCAUGAUGUACUACAUCGUCUACGUCUUCCAGAUGGCCGGUCUCACCGGAAACGUCAACUUGGUCUCCUCGUCGAUUCAAUACAUCAUCUUCCUGCUCACUACCGUGGUCACCCUCGCACUGAUUGACCGCAUCGGAAGACGCCCGUUGUUCAUCUACGGUGGUAUUCUGAUGGGCAUUCUUAACUUCCUGGUCGCGGGAUUGAUGGGCGGUUACGGGCACUCCAUGCCUGAAGUUGACGGCAACAAGAACAUCGUCUGGCAAGUCACCGGCGCCCCGGCCAAGGGCAUCAUCGCGUGCACGUACCUGUUCGUGGCGGUAUACGGCUUCACGUGGGCACCCUGCACCUGGAUCUACGUAUCCGAGAUCUUCCCUCUGCAGUACCGAGCCAAGGGAGUCGGACUCGCCACCUCUGCCAACUGGCUGUUCAACUUCGCGCUCGCAUACUUCGUGCCGCCCGCGUUCAAGAACAUCAUCUGGCGCACGUACAUCAUCUUCGGCGUGUUCUGUUUCUGCGGCGUGAUCCACGCGUUCUUCAUGUUCCCCGAGACGUGCGGAAAGGCGCUCGAGGAGAUCGACCUGCUGUUCGAUGAGGGCAUUCCCGCUUGGAAGUCGUCGAAUCUCACGAGUAAGCUCGAUGAACGCAUCCAUGAAAUUGAGGCGAAGAAUUUGCAUGGUGCUGAGGCCACCGAGAUCGAGAGGGCGAAUGAGAAGAUCUGAAAGGGCGAGGCGGAGGUUUUUUUUAUAUUGUAGUUAUGUAGCCACAUACCCGUAAUGAUGAGAUGAGUUUUCUUUGCUGUACUGGGG